UUCGGAGCCCGGCUCGUGGUAAAUGGGCGUGACUCACCAUCGUUAGCCCCCACCCUCCCUUGUCUGCCGUCAGUGGGGGCGGGGCUUCAAUCGAGAGAGCGAACGAAACACGACACCAGAGGACGGAGGCAGGGGGGUGGGGGUGAGGAGUCGCGUUGAGUGGUGUGAGAGUGAGUGGAGGGACUAAAAAGUCCGUGAAGAAACAGAGGCGACUCUCCAACCUUCAUUUCUGUCAAAGAAUUCACGGAGCUUUGCGGCGGAGAGAUGCCAAACAGCGAAGAAGAUGCAGCGGAGACGGAGUAAACCACUGGCGGGCAGUUAGCGAAAGAACUUGGGAGAGGACAGAGACUCAGAGAGAGAGGGCAUUACGGCUGCCUCCAAUCGGGACGGCGGACCGUUUCCCCCCGCAAGUUGAGCAGAUUCAAACUCCACGACUUACGGGAGGACAAACUGGUUCUUGGAGGCAAAGCGAGUCUUGUUUUUAUGUUUUUGUUUUAGUGGUUUGCUCCAGAGUGUAGAGAGCGCGCGGCAGCUCGACAGGAGAGUCGCCAGAGCGGUAGCUACAUUUAGGGAAAAAAAAGUUCUGCCGUGUGUCUUCACCUAGUUUUCCAGAGCGAGAGGAAGAGGCCGAGCGACUGACUUCUUCCCAAAAGCGACUUCGUGGAAUUCUUCCAGCUUAGUUUUCCCACUUCUGCCCUGCUGAACACCUCAAGGAGAAAGAAUGAAAACACCUGGAGACACUGGGUUUGCUUUUCCAGACUGGGCUUACAAGCCCGAGUCUAGUCCUGGAUCCAGGCAGAUCCAGCUGUGGCACUUCAUCCUGGAGCUGCUCAGGAAGGAGGAAUAUCAUGACGUCAUUGCAUGGCAGGGGGACUAUGGCGAGUUUGUCAUCAAGGACCCGGACGAAGUGGCCCGACUCUGGGGAGCCAGGAAGUGUAAACCACAGAUGAAUUACGAUAAACUCAGCAGGGCGUUGAGAUACUAUUACAACAAGAGGAUCCUGCAUAAGACCAAAGGAAAGAGGUUCACCUAUAAGUUCAACUUCAACAAACUCGUUUUGGUCAACUACCCCUUCAUCGACAUGGGCUCCUCUGGAAGCAGUGUUCCUCAAAGUGCCCCUCCUGUCCCCACCGGUGCAGGAACCCACUUUCGAUUUCCUCCUUCCACGCCUUCAGAGGUCCUCUCGCCCAAUGAGGACCUCCGCAGCCCGGGAGGCAUGUUCAGCUCCGUGACCCGGCGAAUGGCGCGCGGCUCUGUCAGCGACUGCAGCGACGGCACCUCCGUCAAUUCAGAGAUCGAGGAGGGGAACACGGGAGCGGCGGAGGAGAGGGGGGAGAGGGGCGUGAGCGGAGGAGGGGGUGGAGGACCCGGGGGCGGAGGAGGCUACCGGAGCAUCAUUCACCCCCGUCUGUCUCAUGAGACUUUAUUCCGCAUGUACGGAGGGCCAAGUAACCCCGCGGGCCACCCGGGAUCUCGCGGCCCGGCGGGACACCGUAUUCAUCAGGAGCCUCUGUCCCCCUUUCCUGUGUCUCCGCUUCCGGGGCCGGGGGGAGCCAGCCUCUUAGCCCCUCCUCUGUCCCCGGCACUCUCAAUGACCCCAACGUCCCACCUCCCUUACACCCCCUCACCCACCCUGUCCCCGAUGCUGGGCUCACACUUCUCCUUUAACCCAGAGGACAUGAAGCGCUACCUGCAAGCUCACACCCAGUCCGUGUACAACUACGGUCUCAGCCCCAGGGCGUUCCUGCAGUACCCCAACAUCGUCAUCCCGCAUCCCCACCGGCCCACCCCAGACAAGGAGAGGGGAACGGCGGAGAGAGCGGAGAGAGCGGCCACGGCUGGAGGAGAGAGGGGAGGGGAGAGGCACCACCAUCCAUCCCUGGCUCACUCCGCCCACCACCUCCCACAUCACCCUCACUCCGCCCACCCUCACCCCCAUUCCCAUCCAAUGCAUUACCCCCUCCACCUGGGUGAGGAGCCCCCUCAUAUGUCUCCCUUUAAGUUCAAGCUGCAGCCUCCCCCGCUCGGCAGGAAGCAAAGAGAGGGACAGAGCCAGAACAAACCCCGGCAGAGCUCGCUGUCCUCAGGAUCCGGAUCCAUGUCCUCUACCUCCGGUCUGGGCUCCUCGCUGUCUUUCGGCAGCGACCUGAGCUCAGCCAGCGGCUCCGGCGUCAUCUCUGCCUCCUCCUCAACGCAAUCCCUAAGCAGUGCAGGACUCCCCAAGAUAAAGGUGGAGCCCAUCUCAGAUAUAGAGUCUGAGGAAGAGGUGGAAGUCACCGACAUCAGCGACGAAGACCCCGAUGAGAGAGAUGAAGACUAUGAGCACUUCUCCCUUCGCCAUUCCGCAGCUUCUGACCAUCAGCAGCCCAACCACCGCCUUGCUAACGGCACCUCCGCCGGCCAGCAUCAGCCUCACGAGGAGGAUCUGGACGAGGAUGUCUUCAAAGCCCCUGCUCCUCCUCCCCCGGCCCUGAUGCCCUUCUUCACCUCACAGCACCCACACUCCAGCGCUCAGCGCGGGCUGCCCGCCGUGAAGAGCGAGCCCGCCGAACCGGGGGAGAGCAACACCUCCCCGUCUCAGACGGCUGCGACUGGAGCAGCUCAGACUAAGUGCAUCCCCCUCAAGCUGCGCUUCAAGAGGCGCUGGAGUGAAGACCAGCGCAUGGAAACUUCUCAGGAGGAGUCGGACGACAAAAAAGUCCGACCAGAAGAGGAGAGGGAAAGAGGGAGGCAGAGCAACGGCUGCAUGGAGAUGGAGGAGGAUGGGACAGGCAGGGGGGAGGGGGACAGUCCUCCCCCGUUAGCCUACGAGGGCUCUCUAGGAACGCCGCUGGCGUCACACCAGAGGGUGAGUGCCGAGCUGCACCGUGCCACAGCACAGCUGUCUCUAGAGAAUAAAGACUGCUGAUGAGAGCUCGGCGCUGUACUCUGCUGCUCUGGCAGUAGAGGAGGUGGUCUGGGAGUAUGUAAAUGGUUCCUCUGUAAAUCCCCCCCACCCCCCACACUGACAAGCCAGACUCCUGAUAGCCGCAGUGAGUAGAACUAACACCUCAAACCAGCCCACCCUUUUCUGGUCAGGCACAUCUUCGGUCCGUGGAUCAGGCUCCGCCUGGUCCCUAUUGUUGAAGGCGGGGGGGGGGGGGGGGGGGGGGGGAGUUAAUGAUUGUAAAAUCCACCUCCCAACCUAGCCGGGGAAACCACUGAUGCUCUGCCCCCGGUAGCAUCACCAGGACGAACACUUUCCUCAGGGGACACGCUCUCUCCCAGCCCGGCAACCCAUCUGCAAGGAUCACAUACAGACCGCCCACCCCACCCCAUUUUCCAACGGGACGGGGACCUUAAGUGCCUGUUCCCAGAACCCCCCGAGAGCCCUGGAGCGCACAUUAAUGUAUGACGCAUGCGAUGGAGUUGUGUGGUCUGAUGGGGGGCUGCGGGGUGUCGUCUAAAUCGAGCCCACUCCACUCAGGGAAGCAAAUUGCUGUAUGUUUAUUAGAUCCAUGUGCACUGACACACACCAAAAUAAUAAAAGCAGCCAAUAGGUAAAGGGACUGGGGGUGGGGGCGGGGUGGGGGGGGGGCAGCGUCCACCACUACACGAGCCUGUAAACGCCCACAAACACACUCAGAGCUUUCAACUUCUUCAUCCGACUGCCGCCUGCCUCUCUCCCCUCGCAGGUGACCUGUGGACAUCUGCCCCCCCUCCUCUCAGAAAACCUCUGUAACCCUGAACAGAGAGCUGCUGUUAGGCACCACAAAGGGUUUGUGGGCUUCCAGCAGCUGUUUACUGGCCUUCUUACCUCAACCCAUCACGGCUUGUAUACUGAAAAAGCUCGAUCCCAGCAGCACAGAACUUUAGUGUACCAGCAGAGGCUCCUCUAACAAUCAUAGAUAGUAUUAACCAGCAGAGACUCACACUGCCGCUCUUCGCCUUGUUUUUAAAGCAUGUACAAAAGUGCAAACUGAGCUCUAAUAACACACAUGCAAACUACCCUAUAUCUUUAUAUAGAAAAGAGAUGAUUCAAUACAAUUUUAAAGCAUUUUUAAAGGAAUCUUUGGUUCAGGGUGUUUUUCUAAGUUCAGCGGAAGAUGGUAUUGUUGGGGAGGAGGGGGUCAGGUUUUCUCCUGACUUUGUUUUUAGAAGGGGGGGGCCAACAGCUCAGAGCGGGCAGGAACACCCAAACACCUCGGCUGGGAUGCGUGAUUCAGACGUGUGCUUCGCUCCGCUGCUCACUUCAUUCGUUGUAGCUUGCCCUUUCGCAGCCCUCCGCUCCUCCCCGUCCGCGGUCUGGCUCGGCUCAGCGGGGUCCGCGCCGCUUUGAGCUGUUCUGGCGCCUGCCCACCUCGUCAGGCCAUCUGUGUGUGUGUGAGUGAGUGAGUGUGGUUCAAUCAGAUCAUGGGUUAUUAGGGAAGCAGUAAUCCUGCACUUUCUCAUAGUCCAUAAUUCUCAGAAGUUAGGCUGAGCUGGAUUAGAGGGAAUCUGUGAGACAAGGUCCCUGUCCUGAAACGGCCCUCUCCUCACACAUAAACAACGCCACGGGCGUGAGGCCCCGCCCACCAUCCUGCGGUUGAGGCAGCGGCCCGUUCAUCGAGCUGUAUGGAUCUGUGGCAGCCAGCUGUGAGACAGAAGGCCUGCAGGCUGUCUGUAGCUGAACGGAUCGAAUCGUCUCAUCAGACCCCGGCGGUCUGAACCGCCGCACUCACACUCACACAGACUCACCUGGUCCUGAGUCUGCAUCAGGACCGACAGCUGCCUUACUUCUUCUUCUAUCUCAGCAGCAGUCCCCGCUGCUCUGCGCUCACUCUCCUCACACUGCUGAACUUUUCCUCGCGCCGAUGCAACCGCAGUCUGACUUCCUGUGAGCUGCAGCGUGAUCGGACUCAUUCAGUUGCAGGGUAAAAGCGAUUCUUUGGAGUCUGAUCUCUCAUCCUGUUACAACCCUCCGACGUCCAAGAACUCCCAAAUUAUAUUUGCCGAUCAAAAGGAAAAAGAAAAGCUCAUUUGGUUUAUUUUUAUGAUGUCACUGUGGCUUUUGAUAAUUGUUGUUUUUAUGGUUCUCAUGGAGUGGCUGACUUCCACUUGGCAUUAUUCUUUGAACUACGUGGCUGGUGUUGCUUUUCUGUCACAGACGUCACUCUGGAUGAACUCCAUUCCCCGUUUGAAGCCAGAAACCCCUUCUUGUGUCUCGAUUUUACAAAUGUAAUAUAACUAAAAUGUGUUCAUUUUGAUGCUGACAGACAAACAUCUGGAUUGAACAAGAAGGGCAGCGGCAAAGGAUUUUAUUUAGGGGCAUGGAGGAGGGAGCAUCUGAUGGUUUUUGUCUUGUAAUUUUUAUUUUGUAAUGUUACUUUUAUUCUUGUAUAUUUUUUGUUUUCUUCUUUUUUUCAAGGGGUUGUAUCAUUUGGAAAAGAAAAAUAAUGUGUUGUUUUACCGUGUAAAAAUCUCUCUUCUCCCUCUGUCUGCCUUGUUCUGUCACCUCUUCAUCCCCAGUUACCUAACACUCAAACGGAGGGAGGAGAGUUAAUACCAUUAUGUAACAUUGAAUUUCUCCACUUCUUCUUUUGUGGUUUUUUUCAGACUUGUAAUUAAGCUGUAAUCAGGUUUAAUUAAAACCAGUUAAAACCCAAUAUGAA